AUGGAUUUACCGACAACCACAUGGCCAUGGCUGGCGCUUGCUCUCACCUUCAUCUUCAAGGUUGCAGUAGCGAUCAAGACUACAAGACGACGGCAGCGAUCUGCCGCUGGUCCGACAGUGAAACGACGCCCGCCGCCGCUCCCUGUGUCUCCGGGGGUCCCUCUCCUAGGCGACCUGCCAGCUCUGCUCAUCAAGGGCCCCUUGGCACUGAUCCGCGACCACUACACGAGGCUGGGAAGCGUCUUCACCGUGCGGCUGUUCCACCUGAAGCUGACCUUCUUGGUCGGGCCGGACGUGUCAAGCCAUUUCUACCAGGGGCUCGACUCGGAGAUCAGCCAGGACGAGGUCUCCCAGUUCACCAUCCCCACCUUCGGCCCCGGCGUCGCCUUCGACGUCGACUACGCCACUCGCCGCGAGCAGUUCAGGUUCUUCGGCGACGCCAUGAAGCCGGUGAAGCUCAGGACCUAUGCCCAGCUCAUGGUCCGUGAAGUCGAGAGCCACUUUGCGAGAUGGGGACAGUCCGGCACGGUUAACCUGAAGCAGGAGCUGGAGCACGUCGUGACGCUCAUCACCAGCCGGUGCCUGUUGGGAUCCGCGGUCCGGGAGAAGAUGUUCGGCGAGGUCGGGACGCUGCUCCGCGAGCUCAACGACGGCAUGCGCCUCGUCACCAUCCUUCUCCCUCACCUGCCCAUCCCCGCGCACCGCCGGCGCGACGCGGCGCGCGCCAGGCUAGGCGAGAUAUUCACCGACAUCGUCAGAUCCCGCAAGAACGGCCGCAACGACGGCCGGGCCGACGACGACUGCCACGACAUCCUGCAGUGCCUGAUCGACUCGCGGUACAAGGACGGCCGCGGCACGACGGAGACGGAGGUCGUCGGGAUGCUCGUCGCGGCGCUCUUCGCCGGGCAGCACAACAGCUCCAGCGCGGCCACCUGGGCCGGGGCGCGCCUCCUCACCCACACCAAGCACCUGCGCGCCGCCGUCGAGGAGCAGGCGCGGGUCGUGGCGCGGCACGGGGGCCGCGUCGACUACGACGUCCUGCUGGAGAUGGACACCCUGCACCGCUGCGUCAAGGAGACCCUGCGCCUCCACCCGCCGGCGCUGAUGCUCCUCCGCCACGCGCGCGGGAGCUUCUCCGUGCGCACGCGGGACGGCCGCGAGUACGAGGUGCCCAAGGGCCACGCGGUGGCGAGCCCACUGGUUAUCCACAACAGGCUGCCGCACGUCUACGAGGAGCCCGACAAGUACGACCCCGACCGGUUCGGCCCCCGGAGGGCGGAGGACAAGGCCGGCGGCGCGUUAGCGUACAUGUCGUUCGGCGCCGGGCGGCACCUCUGCGUCGGCAAGGCGUUCGCGUACAUGCAGAUCAAGGUGAUAUGGAGCCACCUGCUGAGGAACUUCGAGCUGGAGCUCGUGUCACCGUUUCCCAAGACGGAGAAUGUGGUCAUGCCAGGGCCCAGAGGGAAGGUGAUGGUCAGCUACAAGAGACGGCACCAGGUGCCUACUACAGCCUGAGCAAUGAACUCUGCAUAUCUAUCUAGCAUACGCACGGCCUAUGAAAUCUGAAGGAAACAAAACAAUGACAUGACAACAUAUAUCAUGAUUUAUGCACAGCAAAAUACAGCACAUGACUUAAUCUUCAGUACAUCUUGAUGUAAUUGUCUACGAGUAAUGAAACUUGUCUCCUACCAGAAGCCUCCACUCCACACAACCAUGUGUUGUCUCCAAGUGUUACUUUCUAAUCCUUCCAACCCUCGAGGAGGUGGUAGGUACUUUUCUUAUGAGAAAAAGAUGUGGCCAGCAUGCAAUAAAUAACAUAACAGACUGAAAACAUUGCUCAAUAUAGCUGUUGGCCUUCGGCUAAGCACAACAGACACAAUGUGCAAGUACCGUCAAUUCUCAUUUCACAUUGCUGGCCGAAUCUGCAGCAUAGCAAACACUUCAUCCUUCGGUAUGUCAAGACUGGUACCAUGAUCAUUUCAUAUGCUCAGUUUACUGUUCCCAAGUCGUUCAAGAAAUAAAUGCUUUACCAGAAAUUGAUAAACCAAAGGAAUUUGGUACUUAAAACUUUUGUAAUAACCUUUCUUACACGAAUUAUGUUAUUUUCAAGAUAUCAUGUGCAAAAAUAGAUGGGCACCGAACUAAUCAAAACUCUCAGUUCCAAAUACCUCUAGUUCUUGUUGCAUUCUGUAUUGCCAGUAGACUGUAGACAGGUAGAAUAACUAAUCAAGUCAACAUGCUUGCGCUUGCUUGUAGCUCCAGCACUGCACAAGCCUUGGUGAAAAGAAUAUAUAUACACAAUGCUCCUGGUAUUUUUCCCACCACAAUGUUUCCGUAAAAAUCGAGCAAUAUACCAUGGCCAUUCUGAGUACCUAUUGAAAGAUUUCUUCUGUGUAUGUGCUCUAAACCAAAGUGAAGAUCUGAGCUGGAACUUCAGACUGCUGCGACUACAAAA